CUUCUCCAAGUCUCAAUUUCCGCCGUGUAUCAGCUCUUCCCGAUUUCCUUCUCGAUUUUGAGCAAUCUUCACCUUGAACUGCUGUAGGAGACAGAGACAACAACACUGAUGUCGGCAGUUCUUCCGGUGCUCUCUCAAGACGACGUUGACCGCGCCGCUCAACUCAUCCAACAAGCAUAUGCACCUCUGAACAAUGUCUCUCCGGGCGACCAGCGUCUUCUUCAGCAAGAACUCUUUGAUAUCCAGAAGCGACCGGAGGCGUGGGGGCUUGUCAUUCCUUUCUUGCAGCAUGCCGAUCCAAACGUGCAGUUCUUUGGAGCACACACCGCUCAAGUCAAGAUUGCAAGAGACUGGGAGUCUUUUCCUCCUGACCGUGUUCUAGGGUUGCGCGAUACCUUGGUGGAUCUUACAGGAAGGGCGAUAGUUGCAGGGAGAAGCAAGGUGAUUCUGCGAAAGCUGUUUGUCGCGAUCACUUCUCUUGCCCUCAAGAUCUGUCCGGGAAGCAAUUCGCAAUGGCCUGAUUGGCUUAUCUCUUCCGUCAACACUAUGCUGGCUCUCGGAGCCUCAAAUGAACAUCUCCUUGAUUUCCUGGCGAUUGCUGCUGAGGAAGUAGAAAGCGCAGACCUUCUCACACCGAAUAAAUCGCAGAUGCAGCGCACUCUCCUGGAUACCGUCCCUAUGGUAGUGCAGGCCAUCAUAGCUUGCAUCACGCUACCAGAAGCUCGCAACUCUCCCAAGCAGCUCGCUUCUGCGUUGAAAUGCAUCCAGGCCUGGCUGUCCAUUCUUCCUGGGAGUGACCUCACGCCGCUCAUACCUCUUCUAAUAGCGCUGCUUAGCCCGAUAUCAACACAAACGUCUCCGUUGGAGUUUGAUGAUGAUAUAUUUGGUGUUGCAUCAGAGACCCUGCAAGAGAUCAUGGCGAGAUCUUCGCUUUCAGAUGGUUCCGGCUCACAUACUCUCACCGAGCCACUGCUGCUGUGGUUCAACCACUAUGGUGGCCAAAUUGUCCAGGAUACAUUGAGUGCUGGCUUCGUGGAUACUGUAUCACACUCCUUCUGUCAGCUAUUGGUGGCUGUCGGCGAUCAUUCCACGCUUUAUCUCGCCGCGAACAUCGCUUCUCCUAACCUUCCCGCCCCUCUUCCCCCUCCACCUUCUCCUAUAUCCUUCCCCGCGCCCGCCACACCAACCAAGUCUCAUCUGGUCCAGAACUUCCUUCGACUGAUCAUGGCCUACACCGGGCUUCCUGGCUACUAUGCCGCAGACGAGGAGGAGAGUGAGCUGACGCUCGGCUUCUGGUAUCUGUUCCAAGAGGCGCUCUGGAACGCGGAGUAUGAGCAAGAGUUUGAGGGCAGCGACAUCAAUGCAGACGUGGUUGACAGUGGGAAGGAUAAGGACGAGCAGGCCGAAUUGCGCGUGGCGAAAGCGGUCUAUAGGGAACUUGUGGAAGUUCUCCGGCGCAAGGUGACAUGGCCUGAGAUACCUCAAUUGCGUUCAUGGCCGAGAGAUCAAAGAGAUAAAUUUCAGGCAUACCGCCGUGAUGUGGGCGACACUUUGAUUAAUGCCUACUACAUUUUGCGCAGCGAUCUCUUGGCUUACUACGUGAACGACAUCUCAGAGCGUCUAUCAUCUAAGCAGGCGCAGCAAGGGUGGGAGGAGAUUGAGGCGACUCUGCACUGUGUUAUGACUGUUCAGGAAGCUGUCCCACUAGAAGAUAACCCUCAUUUACGUCGUCUGUUCGGACCGGACAUACUGGGACGGCUGCCUGUGACAGGACGCGAUCGCGUUCGACGUACUACGUUAUUGCUGAUCGGUUCAUAUUCAUCAUGGUUCACCACGCAGCCCGACCGAUCGUCCUCUUCCCUGCUGAUGAACGCGAUAUCCUACGUCGUUGCCGCCCUUUCCGAACCGUCGCUGUGUCUACCAGCUGCCAACGCUCUUCGUGAUCUGUGCGAUGCCAAUCGUACAUAUUUGGCGCCUCAUAUUGCGGCUUUCGGUGAACUGCAUGCGAGAAUCGCUGGUAUUCCGGACUCGGAGAAGAGCAAGGUCUUGCAAUCCAUCGCCAGCGUUAUUCAGGCUUUGCCUCCUGAGGAGGCGAUUCCCCCGGUAGAGGCAAUUGUUAACCCAAUAGUUUCCAAACUUUUUGCGACUCUUGAAUCAUCGCCUCAGUUACCCGAUGAAGCGCGCCUCUUGAUAAUGCAACAGCUCCAGACAAUCUCGGGAGUUGCACAAGGGCUCACUCGUACUCCAGACUCGUUACUAAUCCUCGAUGAAUCUCCUGAUACUCAGGAAGAGGCGAAGCGGAUGAGAUUGGCCAGAGACGACCCUCGGAUGGUCAAGAUGCGAGAAACUAUCCUCGAUGCGAUACGGAGAACCAUGCAGUUGUGGUCCACCGAUGCUGCAAUAAGUGAUGCGCUUAGCAGCCUGUUCAAAGCCAUCACUGCGCUUCCGUCCGACAUCACCAUUCUGUCUCUCCCUCCCAUGCCCCUACUCGAAUUAGUUUGCAUGGCAGCUCAACGGCAACUGACAGCUGUGUGGUUGUCUUUGGCCACCAUGCUAAUUGCUUUACUCGAUCCGCAAUCCCUUAUACCGACAACGUUCAAAUCGGUUCCCGAUGGCGAAGCAUCGCAGGCUGUCGUGAACGUUCUGAAUGUGCUAUUGCACACAACCUUCAGUAUGCUCGGUCAGCCUGGUGCCAUGGAAGAGAACCCAGACAUCGUCCAAGGCUUUUUUUACUGUAUGAAUACGGUUGCUCAACACUUCGUCGCAACUUUCUAUCAAUUGCCUCCGGAGCUUUUCAAUGCUCUCAUGCAAUGCGCUAUUACUUCACUGGCUCUUCAGGAGCGUUACUCGCUUGUGGCAGCGUGCACGUUCCUGGUCACCUUGACCAACCGCACGUGCAGUCUUGAUGAGCUGAGUGAGGCAAAGCAAAUGAUCGCUCAGACACAUGGUCGUUCUAUAAUGAAAGCAUUGUUGAAUGACUUCGCAGGGGCGGCACCCCGAUCGGCCACUCAAAAUCUGAUCGAGUUGUUGUCGGCAUUGGUGAUGCGAUUCCCUGCGGAGAGCAAGGUUUGGAUGACGGAGAUUCUGCACCACGAUGAGUUCGCCGACUCCAAAGCAAAUAGCCAAGCCAAGGACAAGUUCAUCAAGGCCGUCCUCGGCUCUCGUAAUAUGAAACGCAUACGAGAAGCCGCUCAGCAAUUCUCGCUCAUUGCUAGAGGUCUGGCGGAUUCCAGCUUUGGGUAUGCGUCUGUCACGAUGUAGGGCACCUUUUCCAAGUCAUUCACAAGUGGCCGGAUUUUCAUAUG